CAAGUACUAGUUUAUAUCCUUACAACCGUUACAGACAUGCCCCUAGUAAAUUACUUCCUAUCGUGUAGGUUACUUGAAAGGAAAAACUGUGUUGGCGUGGAGGGCGAACAGUUAAAAGCCCUGGUUUAAUGGCAGAAGAAGGCGAGUGUCGAAAUUGUAGCGAGGGAGGGGAUGAUGAAAACACAAUGAAGGAGGAAGAAGAUAAUGAAGAUCAAUCGCAGUCAUCGUCAGAAUCAGAAGACGAAGGUGCUGAGGAAGGUCACCUGCAGGCCCUCGAACAGGCGCUGACACAAAAUCCUCACAAUUAUGACGCUCAUGUCCAGUAUAUCAAAUCUCUUCGAAAAUAUGGCCAUGUGGAGAAGCUUCGAAUUGCUAGAGAAGCAAUGAGCUCAUUGUUUCCUCUAAGUCCUACAAUGUGGCAGGAGUGGGCAAAGGAUGAAGCUUGCUUGAAUACCAGUUUGGAAGCUGUUCCAGUCAUUGAGUCACUAUAUGAACGUGCAGUAUAUGACUAUAUGUCCAUUCCAUUAUGGUCCGAUUAUCUGAAUUUCAUACAAGAGCGUGAUGAGUCUGUGUCACAAUGCACACCAGAAGGCAUUGCAAAGAUAAGGGCUCUGUUUGAACGAGCACUAACUGCUGCAGGUUUACAUAUUUCAGAAGGUGGAAAGUUGUGGACAGCAUAUCGAGAAUUUGAGCAAGCUUUACUUAUUACAAUGGAAGAAAGUGACAAUGAGGUCAAAUCUAAGCAGGUCGAUCGAGUACGUAAUACAUUUCGGCGGCAGCUGUCAGUACCAUUGGCUGACAUGGAUGUAACACUUGAAGAUUACAAAGCUUGGGAGCUGAAACAAGGGAAUGAUAUAGACCAUUUAACUGGAAUUUCUACCACUGUAUUAUCAGCUUACAAAAAAGCCGUAGAAAUGUACAAGUCUCGUGCCGAUCAUGAAGAAAAGCUGGCUGCUGGAAAGCAUGCAGAUAGUGAAAAACUUCAGCAUUACUUGAAUUAUACAAGUUUUGAAAAGUGUUCUGGAGACCCAGCUCGUAUUCAAGUUCUUUAUGAGCGAGCAAUAGCAGAAUUUCCAGUUGUGACAGAAUUAUGGUUUGGUUAUACCCAGUUUUUGGACAGCUGUUUGAAGGUUCCAAACAUCAUAAAAUCUGUUUAUGCUAGAGCUGUUCGAAACUGUGCCUGGGUUGAAGCACUGUGGGCCAAAUACAUGCUUGCUUUAGAACGCUUUGAUGCUUCAGAGGAAGAGCUUUCUGAGGUGUUCGAGCGGUCUCUGCAAUGUGGAUUUUCAAAUCCUAAUGAGUAUCUUGAUUUGUUCCUCACUCGUGCUGAUGGCUUAAGGCGAAAGAUAAUGGACAAGAGUGAAAUCAAUAGUACUUCUUGGUUUGCACUACUUAAGGAAACAUUUCAGCGAGCUGCAGAUUAUCUGUCAGAACAUCUUAAUUACACAGAUCAAUUCUUGAAUUUGCAUGCAUAUUGGGCUCGGUUGGAAUUUCAGCUUGCAAAGGAUGUGGCAGCAGCUCGAGGAGUUUGGGAAAGCUUAAUAAAAAAGAGUGGGGGUAUGUUAGAAGUCUGGCAAAGGUAUAUAGACAUGGAGCUGACAAUGAAUAAUGUGUCUGAGGCUCGAGCAAUCUAUAAGAGAUGUUACAGUAAACGAUUCAAGGGUACUGGUUCAGAGGCAAUUUGUGAAGCUUGGCUACGAUUUGAACGAGAGUAUGGCUCACUGGCAGAUCUUGAUCGAGCUUUAAUGAAGGUGACCCCUCGUUUGGAGGAAUUAAGAUUGUUUCAACAUCUGCAAGAAGGAAAGUCUCAAGGAGUUGUAGAAUCUGGUUCAAGUGAUCAAAAGGACAUUAUUCCUAAACCUGCAACAUAUAAAGAAGGCCCACAAAAGAAUUUAACGAAGCAAUCAAAUAGAUUUCUUGCAUCAAAUAAAAGAAAGAUCAUUUCUGGGCAUCAUGAAGAAAAUGUAGAAUCCAAACGACAGAAAUUUGCAGCUGAAGCAAUUCUUGCAUCAGAGGCUUCUGAUAGAGAAUAUAUUCAAUCAAAAAACAUUGAUAAUUUGGAAGGUGAUUUUGUAUCUGGAAAAUCAGCAUCUAGAGGAUUAGAUGAAGAGUCAGAGGAGGCUAACUUGAGUCCAUUGAAGCAAGCUGUGUAUCUGGAUGAGUGCACAGCAUAUGUCUCUAACCUUGCAAUGGAGGUAAAUGAAGAACACAUACGACAGUUCUUCAGUGAUUCCGGAGGAGUAAAGGCCAUCCGCCUAGUGAGGAAUCGUACUUCUGGAAUAUCUAAGGGCUUUGCGUAUAUUGACUUUGAAAAUGAAGAAAAUCUUUCUGCAGCUGUGGCGAAGAACAAACAAAAGUUGUUUGGUAAAAAGAUUAGCAUUGCACGUUCAAAUCCGAGGGAAAGUCGAAGAAGAGGGUCAGCACCAGGGAUCCGUGCAAGUGGUCGAGGUGGACGGGCUUCCUUUGGCAGGGGGGAUGCCAUCAGAACAGAGGAGAAACAGGAAAUUUCUUCCAAAUCUGCACCCACAGUUGUAUCACAUCGCCGUGGGGGACAUGUGAAACUUGUUGGAAACAAUACAUUUGCCAUGCCAAGGAAUGUUGCAAGGCCCCUAGGAUGGGGAACAAAAGAUAGCAAGGGAAAAGCACCUGAAGAAACACCAAAGUCAAAUGAAGAAUUUAGGAAAAUGCUUCUAGAGUCUUGAGAUCAAUGUCAGUUACAUAUGGUAGUAAUCUAUUGCAGCAUAUUUCUUAUAUUUUAAUGGUGAGGCAAUGCAUAAUGCUUUAAACUUUGUAACCUAACAUUCCAUGUCAUGUUUUUGUGUGUCAACAUGAAUCUACUUUUUUGGCUUUGUUAAUAUUGAAUUUAGUUUUUUAGUGGGACUCAAGAUCCCAAGUAUCAUAAAGAUGUACAAUUAUAUUUCACCCAUAGAAUUUGUGGGUCCAUGUCUUCACUUUGUUCAUCUUUUUUUUCAUUUUCACAUCAAGAAGUUAAGGUUCCCUAGAAACCAAUUCUCUAGAUAGUU